CUGCAGACAGCUCGCCCUGUCAGCCGACACUGGCGCAGACUCUCGCCACCAUCUAAACCCUAUUUGUGUGACAUAUAGCGGUUAUAUCCACCUGUGAUCUCCACACACGCUGUCGCGGAGUCCUGCGCGGGAGCGGCCUCGUCUAGAAUGGGGAACCGAGACGAUGAAUACGAUUUCUUGUUCAAAGUUGUGUUAAUUGGGGACUCGGGCGUAGGGAAGAGCAACCUGCUCUCUCGGUUCACACGAAAUGAGUUCAACCUGGAGAGCAAGAGCACCAUCGGAGUGGAGUUCGCCACGCGCAGUAUCCAAGUGGACGGCAAGACGAUAAAGGCUCAGAUCUGGGAUACUGCAGGACAGGAGCGCUACAGAGCCAUCACCUCAGCGUACUACAGAGGAGCCGUCGGGGCUCUGCUAGUCUACGACAUCGCCAAACACUUGACCUACGAGAAUGUGGAGCGCUGGCUGAAGGAGCUGAGAGAUCACGCCGACAACAACAUUGUGAUCAUGCUUGUGGGGAACAAGAGCGACUUGCGCCACCUACGGGCCGUCCCCACAGACGAGGCCCGAGCAUUCGCAGAAAAGAACAACCUCUCAUUCAUAGAAACUUCAGCCUUGGACUCGACAAACGUGGAAGAAGCCUUCAAGAACAUCCUCACAGAAAUCUACCGCAUCGUAUCGCAGAAACAGAUCGCUGAGCGCUCGGCUCACGAUGAAUCACCCGGGAACAACGUGGUGGACAUCAGCGUGCCGCCCACCACAGACGGCCAGAGGGGCAGCAAGCUGCAGUGCUGUCAGAACCUGUAACCCCCCCGGCGGCGGCCCCUCUCACCUGGGUAGAUUAUUAAUUGAAAUGCAGAGUGCUGGUAUGCUUCCAUCUGCCCGUCGUGCAAUACUCUUUUGAUCGGCACUUUCUAGAUUCAUCCCGUUCCCAGUCGAUUUCAAACGUAAUCUGACCCAGGUUCAGUCUGCCACUCUCUGGCGCAAAAACCGGACUGGGGGUACCGCACGACACUGGCGCAGGUCUGCUUCAGCUGUACCCUCAGUCUUGUUUUUGGCCUCCACACCUCUCUGUUCAGUCAUCAUCGCAAAAGUGGUCGUGACGCUGCUGAUGCUAAAUUCAUGUUAUGUAAGAUAUGUUCUUUUUACGUUUGUUUUUUUGAUUUUCAUAGUGUGUUUGCUCACAUACGUUAUAAUAAUGCCAUGGAAUUAAAUUUUACG